UGGUCCGAGCGCAAGCUCUCCGCAAAGCUUAUAAACAAUACCUCACCCAAGCUUUGCGCCGACUCGACCUAGAACCACCGAGAUUCUUGACCUCAACUUUGGACUACCAGCCAUGGCGGAUCCCAAGGACACCGAGAUCGAACAAGUCACCGCCGGACACCAUGAGCGCCGCAGCUCUUUGUUUGAUGACGAACAAAGGCGCAAGGAAAGCAUCAGCAGAUUGACAGCCAACGUCGAGGGAGAAAUCCGCAAUCCUCUCACUGGUGUGCCCAAGGCUGAGCUUCUCUCUGAUGUCUCUAUUUUUGCCAAAGAGCAUCAGUUGGAGGACAUCGAGCCGCUUCUUAUUAAGGGCGCGUUAGUCGCACAGUCACCAGCAUUGUUCGAAGAGAUCGAAGGACUUGACGAGGAUGAACGUAUUGCGCUCCGUGAGGAGGUUACGCACCGCUUCAAGCUACCCAAGAUCCUCUACUACACCAUUAUCCUCAACUCCAUCGCUGCAGCCAUUCAGGGGUGGGAUCAGACCGGAUCGAACGGAGCCAACUUGACUUUUGCACAGUCAUUCGGCAUCCCAGAUACGGGCCCUGAAUGCACCGCAGACGGUAGUUGCGAGAGCAACUCGUGGACCAUUGGUUUCGUCAACUCCUCUCCUUACAUUGCCAUCGCCCUUUUCACUGCCUGGCUCUCGGACCCCGUCAACGAUUUCCUCGGUCGUCGCGGAACGAUUUUCGUUGCUGCUGUCUUUUCGCUGCUCGCUCCUAUCGGAUCUGCAUUGACUCAGAAAUGGGGUCAGCUCGUGGCCUGUCGUAUUAUGCUUGGUAUCGGAAUGGGACUGAAGGAAGUGACUGUCCCAGUGUUCUCAGCUGAGGUUGUGCCAGCUCCCGUCCGCGGUGGACUGGUGAUGUCCUGGCAGAUCUGGACUGCGUUCGGCAUCUUCCUCGGUUGCGUCGCCAACCUUUGCGUCAUGAACACCGGUUCAAUCUCGUGGCGACUGCAGCUGGGUUCAGCAUUCAUCCCGGCUGUGCCUCUCGUUCUGGGUAUCUACUUCGUUCCGGAGUCGCCCCGCUGGCUUAUGAAGAAGGGUCGAUACGCUCAGGCGUACCAUUCGUUCUUGCGUCUUCGAAACACUCCUAUCCAGGCUGCUCGCGAUCUCUACUACACACAUUCUUUGCUCGCUCAAGAAGAGGUUCUUAUCCGCGAAGCUGGUCUCAACCCGAAGAGCAACUUCUUCAAGCGCUUCGUGGAGCUCUUCACACUUCCUAGAGUGCGACGUGCCACUCAGGCAUCCGGUAUCGUCAUGAUCGGCCAACAGAUGUGCGGAAUCAACAUCAUCGCUUUCUACUCGUCCACUAUCUUCAAGGAGGGUGGUGCGACUGAAAAGGAAGCUUUGCUCGCCUCGUUCGGAUUCGGACUCGUCAACUUCCUGUUCGCUUGGCCGGCUGUCUGGACCAUCGAUACCUUCGGCCGUCGCGGACUGUUGCUGUUCACCUUCCCGAACAUGUUCUGGACAUUACUGGCGGCCGGUAUGUGCUACUACAUCCCCAGGGAGGACUCGGCACAUCUCGGACUGAUCGCGUUCUUUGUGUACCUCUUCUGUGCCUUCUACUCGCCAGGAGAAGGCCCUGUUCCGUUCACGUACUCCGCCGAAGUCUUUCCGCUAUCGCAUCGUGAGGUCGGUAUGUCGUGGGCGGUGGCUACGAACAACUUCUGGGGUGCAGUGUUAUCGCUUACGCUUCCGCGUAUGCUGAGGGUCAUGAGGCCGCAGGGAGUGUUUGGCUUCUACGCCGGCUUGAACAUUGUCGCUUUGAUCAUGAUUUUCCUUUGGAUGCCAGAGACAAAGCAGCGAACGCUCGAGGAGCUCGACUACAUCUUCGCCGUACCCACACGCACUCACAUGAAGUACCAGGCUGGCAAGAACCUGCCUUGGUGGUUUAAGACCUAUGUCCUCCGCCGAAAGGGUCUCGCAAAGCCGCAACUGUACAAGCUUGGCGAUAUAUCUCAAGCCCCGAGCGUUACGGCGCAGAUGAAGUACGCUUGGAACACUGGCGUCCUGCGCAAGAAGGGUGUGGCGAAGCCAGAGGCGCGGGACAAGCCUGUUGCUCCUCCGAGCGAGGCCUUUGCUGAGAAGCAGGUCUAGACGGUUUCUCCAGUUCGUCCAAGCUGCACUUCACUGCAACGUACAUUGGAACUCUGCCGUACAAGAUUGUGCCCUGGUACCUGCAGGCGUACGGAAUUCGUCGCCUUCAGUCCGGAUUGGAAGUUGAUCGAUGCCACGUUCCGAAGCCUCAUAGGCACAUGUUUGAU